CGAAGAUUAAUACACAUCUGCAUGCGCGCGAACCAAUUUUCGAAGCACUUAUCCAAAACGGCAUUUUUGAAUGCGUCAACUGCUUCUUCUGGUGACUGGAACCUUUGGCCUCGCAGUCUGUUUUAAUUUUCGGGAAAGUAAAGAAACCAUUGGGACUUAGAUCGGGACUAUAUGGAGGAUGGUCCAAUAACUCCAC